AUGGCUAAAGUAUUAAAACUAGGCGACUUUGGAUCCGCCAAUGAAAAAUGUGAAGAACUUUCAAAAUUAGCACAAGUAAUUGAAUGUGAAUCCAAAGAUAGAGAAGAAUUUAUAAAGGAUCUUCAUGAUAAGUACAAUGACAUUACCCACAUUGCUAGAACAUAUGAAAGUGUUACUCAAACUGGUUUAUUUGAUCAGGAAAUAGUCAAGCAUUUACCACAAGCAUUAAAAUCAAUUAGUCAUAAUGGAGCAGGUUUUGAUCAAAUAAAGGAUAUAAAAGGUUUAACUGAUCGAAAAAUUCAAGUUUCAAAUGUUACUGAACCAGUUGAAGCUCCUACUGCUUGUACAGCAGUUUAUUUAGUAUUAUCUUGUUUAAGAAAUUAUCAACAUGGCCAUUCUAACAUUAAAAAUUGGGAAAGAGAUGGUAAAGCAGCUGGAGUUGAAUUCGGUAAUUCACCAGAAGGUAAAACAGUUGGAAUUUUAGGUAUGGGUGGUAUUGGUAGAGCUAUUAGAGAUAGAUUGAAACCAUUUGGGUUCAAUAUCGUUUACCAUAAUAGAUCUCAAUUAAAACCAGAAUUAGAAAAUGGAGCUAAAUAUGUUUCAAAAGAAGAAUUAUAUCAAUCUGAUGUUAUUUGUAUUAGUGUACCAUUAAAUGAAAAGACAAGACAUUCAAUCAAUAAAGAAGAAAUUUUAAAAAUGAAAGAUGGUAUAAUCAUUGUUAAUACAUCAAGAGGUGCAGUUAUUGAUGAAAAAAUACUUCCUGAAUUAAUCAAAUCUGGUAAAAUUAAAUCAUUUGGUGCUGAUGUUUUUGAAAAUGAACCAAAAAUUUCUCCAGAACUAUUAGAAUUACCUCAGGUUGUUAGUUUACCACAUAUGGGAACUCAUACUUAUGAAGCUGUCAAAGAGAUGCAAGAGUGGACAAUAGAUAAUGUUAUAUCUUGUUUGAAAACAGGAAAAGUUAAAAGUUUGAUUCCAGAACAAGGCAAUGUACAGUUCUGA